AUGUUUUUGCGUAGUCGCUCAUCCUCUCCAGCUUCUCGUGUCCGGUCAUCAUCCCUGCGGUCGGUUUCCCCAACGAGUGAGCGAUGGGACAAGACGAUUUCGACUUACUCUAUCGCCGGUACCGCACGGUCGGUGGAAUACGGCGGCAAUUUGCGUGUGUGGACAGCAGAGAUGGAUGGCCGCAUUGUGAUACGUGCAGCUGCUCGUGGGGAAAUUCUGUUUGAAGCGAGUGCACGGGAAUCGGCGUUUUGUACCGUCUUGCGAAAGGUGUCAGCAAGGCAAAUAUGGGCAGCCUUUUCGGACGGGUUUAUUCGGUGUUACAACAGCACAAAUGGAAAUAUGGAACAUGAAUUUGUGCAGCACGAUGGCGCGGUCCGUUCCCUCGCAAGCUCUCCAGUGAGCGAUUAUGUGUAUAGUGGUGGGGACGAUUGGAAGGUAUACCAGUGGUCCAAGUCGAGGUGCACGUAUAUUCGGCUCUUUUCCGGACAUUCAAACGGAGUGCAAUGUGUUCUUGUAGUUCCUAGUACCACCAAUGCUGGUGCUGUGUAUGCAACUGAAGAUAUUUUAGAGGAGAACGACGAGGAUGGCACAAUCGAAAACUCUCUUCCUAGUGUUGUUGAUGGAGAACUGAAGGAUGAGUUUGUUCUUUCCGGCGGGGAUGACAUGACCAUUAAAGUGUGGGACCCAAUGGCACCGCUGCAGAUUGAAACGGAUGAGGCAUGCCUGGCGACGCUGCGGGGCCACAGCGGUUCGGUUCGCGCCAUCGAAAUACACCCUCGCAGCGGUUAUUUAUGGUCCGGAGGGGAUGACUGCACCAUCCGGGUGUGGAAUUGGUGCAGCGAGGAGACACGACGUUGCGUGGCGACUUUACGCGGGCAACACAGUGGCCCCAUCACCUCUAUUGUCUACAUUGCCCCGCGCAUGUGGAGCAGCGGGAAGGACGGCUUUGUUGUGGUGUGGAAUACGCGUCAGCUGGCUCCGCUGCAACGUCUUCGACUUGCCCCACGCAGCGUGAACUGCCCCUUUUUGUCCAUGCGGCGGUUGUACCGCGCCAUGCACUGGGCAGUGUGGCUGGGCGGGCCUGAGAGCACAAUUCACGUCUUGCAUGUUUCGGAGGAGGAGCAUGGCGCUGGCGCGGUGCUUCGCCGACGCGAACGCCGGCGCACGCUGGAGAAGCGUAAGUUCCCAAAGUCACGAGAGUAUCACUUAGCCCGGAAACCGCAUUUGAUUAGGCUGAGGGAACGCCGCAAGGAAAUUGAAGAGCAACUGAGAAAGUACAGGGCGUGUCCGCAGGAGGAAAAUAUUCUGAUACCAGAGAGAGGCGCGGCUCGCGUCCGUGGUGGCACACCGAGCGGUGGCUCCGAAGAGGACGCACGGAUAGCAGAAAUAGAAGUUCUGCGGGCAACGGUGGCGGAGUUGGAAAAUCAGGUGAAAGCCCAUGAGGAAACGAUAAUGCGGACCUCAUACAUUGCAAAGGAGAAGGAUGGAGUUAUUCGGUCGCUUACAAGACAGUUGUCUGAAAAAGACUCGGAGUUACGAAGAAUGGAGGAGGAGCUCAACAGAAGAAUGACGCGUCAUGCGUCGUCCCAAGAAGUUGGCAGGACAAGACCCACAGAGAAAGAGCGCGAGUUGCAGGAGGGCCGUGAUGAAAACACUGAAGGCAAUGUGGUCUUUGAUCCAUACAAGGAUGUAGAGCAGCUGCAAGCGCAACAAAAACUGGAAGUGGAGGACAUGAGACGCCAGCUUUUGGAUAUGCAGAAAUACAAGGAAUUGUGGGAAGAGAAGGAUAACGAGCUUCGUCAGGCCAACGAAAAGAUUGAGAAAUUGCAAGCUAGUCUGGACACUGAGAGGAACUUCAACAGCCUCACUCGGGAACUCUCACGGUACUCAAAAGAACACACGACACCUGUUCCCUGUAGGAAGCAAAGCAAAGUUCAUUCGCUGCCAUACACGCCCACAACACACCACUACUACAAGCGAAUCUUCGGUACAUGCUGGCCGGACCUAGAGAAAGAAUACCAAAAAGACCUCAAGGAAACACUUUGGGCGGAAUACAUUGACUUGAUAAGCAAUUCAGACGCCAUAGUUAGAGAAAUCACAUACACCACGGCAAAUGACUGUCUUAUUGUGGAUGCCACAAUUGAAAGCAAGGAAAAAGAGGGUCAAGAAAUACAGAACCUUAUCGAGAGCCACACAUUUUCCAGGACUCUUGCACUUCAUGGCAUACUUGCUUCUUCGUUUCUUGUAAGCACACCAGGCAACGGCAACAUCUCCGACGAACAGUACGAGGCAGUUGCGGCAGCCAAGGCGAAGGCGGAGGCGGAGCGCGACGACGCGCGGCAGAAAUUGCGUGGGGCGGAAGAAGGACUGGAGUCCUUCCGCCGGCAGGCAGAGUCGCGUCGAGCCCAAAUUGCAGGACUGCAGUCGGCGGCGAGCUCCGCGAGACCCACAGCGUCCAGCACGCGGAAUGCGGCGCCCCCGCUCUACACUGUCACCGCCGAGGAGUACGAGGCAGUUGCGGCAGCCAAGGCGAAGGCGGAGGCGGAGCGCGACGACGCGCGGCAGAAAUUGCGUGGAGCGGAGGAAGGACUGGAGUCCUUCCGCCGGCAGGCAGAGUCGCGUCGAGCCCAAAUUGCAGGACUGCAGUCGGCGGCGAGCUCCACGAGACCCACACCGUCCAGCACGCGGAAUGCGGCGCCCCCGCUCUACACUGUCACCGCCGAGGAGUACGAGGCAGUUGCGGCAGCCAAGGCGAAGGCGGAGGCGGAGCGCGACGACGCGCGGCAGAAAUUGCGUGGGGCGGAGGAAGGACUGGAGUCCUUCCGCCGGCAGGCAGAGUCGCGUCGAGCCCAAAUUGCAGGACUGCAGUCGGCGGCGAGCUCCACGAGACCCACACCGUCCAGCACGCGGAAUGCGGCGCCCCCGCUCUACACUGUCACCGCCGAGGAGUACGAGGCAGUUGCGUUUUCUCGAAUUGGUGCACGAGAGAGUUAUUGUCGUCCAGAGUCUUCAAAUUGGGUACGAUAUCAUUACAACCUGGGGGAAGCUUGUGUUUACCUUGUAAGGCAUUACCGUCAGUUGGUUGAGGAUGUUCUUUUAUUAGAGUUUUCUCGUGCAACUCGCCUUCCUAUUGAUUACAGUCGCCGUGUGGAGUUUGUAUCUGGGGGCUUGGCUGCGGAGUUUUAUGCGUGCCCCAGCAAGGACACUGUGGACGUUGAUUUUCUUCUGCGGCGACAUUCGUUCAGUAGACUGGCCUCACUUAUGCAAUUGAGUGGCUCUGUAAAAAACCAGUCGCUUUGUACUUGUUCCAGUGAAGCGACAGUUGCAAAUGUUUCUCCGGUGAUGGCUAACGAGAUGGCGCAGCCAAAUAUCCGAAUGGCUUCUUUGGGAUCACAAAAACUGAUUUCUGGGCCAUGGAGCUUGCAAGAUUCCAACCACGCCUCCAUAUUGAAGGAGUUGGAACUGUUUCGCAGCCGUCGUGCUCUUGCUGGUAGUAUGCGUCGGUCGGAAACUACGCUAAAUGUUUCCUUUGAUUUACCAAACAGAAUUAAUCCAAGUGCUUCGGUGGACUCGUCCGAACUACAACGCGAGCCCGUUUAUUGUGUCACUUUAGAUGAGUAUCAUGCUUUACUGCAGCAGCUUACCAAUGCAUAUCGCACCCUAACAGACGACGAUGAUGAAAAUGAGAACGGCACUCGGCUUUGGAAUGAGCACGUGGUUGCUAGAGCUGAGGAAGAGCGGAGAUUUACUCGUCAAAUGUCUCGAUUGGAGCCGUGGUAUGCUGAUAGUGGUGGUAGCAGCAAAAAAAAGCACUAA